CUACUAUACCAUUCAUAUAUCACAUCCUCCCGCCAUGUCCUCCCCCACAGCAUCAACAUUCACCAGCAUCCCCAUCCUCGACUACGCCCUCACCACCCACCCCACCACCAAACCCCUCUUCCUGUCCGACCUGCGCCAUGCCCUCCUCCACGUCGGCUUCUUCUACCUCGUCAACGCCCCCAUCGCCCCCGCCGUCCGCGACCAGCUGAUCCGCCACACCACCGCCCUGUUCGCCCUCCCGCUGGAGAAGAAGCUCGAGAUCGAGAUGGUCAACAGUAAACAUUUCCUGGGCUAUUCGCGACUCGGCGCGGAGACGACCGCCCGCGUGGUGGAUUAUCGGGAGCAGUUUGAUUUCGCGACCGAGUUGCCUCCCCCGCCCCCGGACGCGCCUUUGUAUCGCAAUAUCCGGGGUCCGAACCAGUGGCCCGACGAAUCCUCCCUCCCGGGAUUCCGCCACACCAUCGAAUCCUACCUCGACGAACUCAGCCCCAUCGCCGCAUCCUUCCAAACCCUCGUCGCCGAAGCCCUCGGCCUCCCCUCCACCGCUCUAUGCCGAUUCUUCGAGAUCCCCACCCAGCAGAAACUGAAAUUAAUCAAGUAUCCCCCUCCCCCUCCUCCUUCUUCUUCUUCUUCUUCUUCCUCUUCUUCCUCAUCUUCAUCGCAGGGCGUGGGCGCUCACAAAGACUCUGAAUUCCUCACCUUCCUCCUCCAGCCCACCCCGCAUGCUGGACUAGAAGUGCAGAAUAAAUCCGGGGAAUGGAUCCCCGCCCCCCCUCUCCCGGGGAGAGAUUCACUCGUCGUGAAUAUCGGGAGGGCGUUCGAGGCGAUCACGCAGGGUGUCUGUCCCGCGACGACGCAUCGGGUUAAUCUUGCUCCUGAGAAUUUUGUUUCCAGUACUGGUGAAGGGCUGGGAGCGAGGUUCUCGAUCCCGGUUUUUCAGGGCAUGAGUUUGGAUCUGCGCGCGGAUGAGAUGAGGUUGGAGAUUCCGGGGGAGGUCAGGGGGGAGGUGCAACUGGGGGAGAGGGUCAGGUCCGAUGCCGAGGGCACGUUUGAUAAGGUUUUCAGGGGCAGGGUGGGCGAGGGCACCCUGGUGCAUCGCGUUAUGAGCCAUCAGGAUGUUGGGCGGAGGUGGUAUCCCGAUUUGUUGCAGUGGGCGUUGGGGGAGUAUGAGAAGUAGCGAUGUACCUUGGAGUCCGAUGGGGAUCAUGAUGGGGAUGGAGUGAGGAUGGGAAGGGUGCGUUGGGCAGGAUGCGUUGGAUAGGGCAGUUGCGCAUGAGGGUUUGAGACAUGGUUUGAGCCGACGAUUCGAUGGACAGUGCCAUGGGGUAUCGGAAUAUGGUCACUCGACUAGAGUGUCUUGAUAAC